AUGCGGAGCUUCUCCCAGGCUGCUGGCUAGAUUCUGGCUUCUCUGGCGGCUCUUACUGUAUUCUCUGGAGUUGCUGCUUUUUUCCCAGUCUUUUCUUACAAGCUUUGGUUCACUGGAUGGAGUGUCUGGAUUGCUUGUCCCAUUUGGAAUGGAUCUUUGGCCAUCACUACUGGACUUCUGUCGGCUCACAGCUAGUGGACCCAGAGAUACCUGGGGGAAGCUGGCUUCACCUUCUUGGUUCUGAGCAUUACGGGAUGCCUACUUCAGUUUGCUGGCUUGGAAUCUGGCCUUCUCAGCCCGUACUGCUUCCACUCAUUCUUAGAAACUGUGGGGACCAAUUACCUUGGUUAUGCAGUUGCCUUUCCGUUUCCACAUGCAAAAUUCCCACCAGUUUGUGGGGACCCACUGCACUGUGAAGUCCAUCUGGCACUUCAGGCCUUUGGCCUGUGCCUGAGUUUUGCUGUGUUCUGUGUGUGCCUGACAACGCUCAGCAAGCUUUCUGUGCGGCUCAUCUAGAAUGGACACAUAAAUAUGAGGACACUGGGCCAACUGUGUGGAGUCAGGAUUUGCUCCCAGGUCACCCGGGGUCCAGAGGCCAGGUUCCUUGCCACUGCGCCACAUCUCAAGGUGGUGUACCUCCAGUUUUACACCCUCUGA